UUAAGUUAAACUAAUGGAGUUAUUUUGCUGACUUUUAACGAGUAUUGAGACUGGUUUUGUUGGUUUGAAGCCAUUCCUGACACAGAAAGAGGCCUCACCAUGUCUAGCUCUCAUUCUCAACCAGCAAAGGACAUGUUCUCAUCAAGGGAUGAAGGCAAACCACCUAAACCUUCACGUAAGUCUCCACCGGAAUCAAGGAAGGAUUUCCAUGGUUUCCUAAAAGGCAGCAAGUCUCGUGCAGCACCAGUAAAAAAGAGUGACUUGGGUACGAAGAAGGGCAAACAAGAACUAGAUUCCUUCGGAUCAACUAAGGAUUUUCAUGGUUUCUCAAAAAGCAGCAAGUCUACUGCAGCACCAAUAAAAAAAGGUGACUUGGUUACAAAGAAGAAAAACAAAGAAGUACCUUUCUCCGAAAUUGUGGAUAGAAUGAUAGUUAGUGCCAGAAGCCAGUACCUUCCGCUAGAAGAAAGUGACUUGAAUACGACCACGAAACCAAAAGAACUAAGUGACUACCUAGAAAGCCUAUCUAGAGCUGAAAACGUAACAACCGCAAAUCGCUUGCUAUCAAGGUUUUCAGGCAAACAAUCAGGUGUCGACAUUGAAUAUUCUGCAAUCCAAGCUAAUCGCAGAAUGCGGAUCGCCGUAGAAGAACUGACUUAUCUCCGUGCAUUCUUACGUCACUUUGAUUACAACAAAAUCUCCGAUCACGAUCAGAUGGAGUUCGUAGACAAUAUAAUUCAUGAGAUUAAUGAUGCAGAAGAAGUGUUAUAUUCCUUACCCAUCAAAGCAUACAAGGAGAGACGGAAAGGAAUUGAGUAUUUGUUAGCUAAGCCUUGGGUCGCCACAGAGCUAGAGAGGAUCAUCAACAGAAUGAGGAAAAUCAGAGAGUUAAUAAAGACCAAUAUGCAGACACAAUUAGUUGUGACCGUGGAAACUCCAUGUUUGGGACGGGAAGAAGAUAACACAGUACUGGAAAUGUUUGAUUACAUCCUGAAUGGAAAUUUAAUUACACGGGAAGAUGUGAUCGAGACCGUACUAAGUUUGAGAGAGGGGUACCUUGCCGACACGUACAGUCUUAUUCUGUCCAGUUACGAUUCACCAGGAGAUUGGAGCCAGAGUGAAAGGGUGUGUUUGCUAGAGAUAGAAGACAUUUUUUUUUAUACUGCAAGUGUUGCUGAAAAAUUCAUUAAGAGAAUAGAAAGGCCUAGAAAUGUCUGGGCGGUGCUUUAUCCUUUUGAACAACAUGGUGUGGAGAUGAAUCUUAUGAAAGAGAUUGAGCAUAUCAAUAGCAAGUUUGGAGAUGCAGUUUACAGAAGGUGGACUUUCGGAGAUGGAGGAAAGCUACUGAUGGGAGACAUCACAGGAUCAAGUUCAAAACGUCUUACCUUUUUUGCUCAGUUUGUGUCUUCCUGGAGGUUUUUGAACAACAAUUUGAGCACAACUAGAAGAUAUUUAGCAGUGAUGAAAGCUUUUUUGGAUGAUAUUGAUGGCACGGUGGUGGAAGGCCUGAACCAGAGACAGAGAGUGUGGGUGGGACAAGUGAGAGAGGUGACUCGAAAGGGAUACUGCCUUGUUGAAGAGGAGAAUGGGUUUUUCUUUCUCCUUAGUAGAAUUGUAUUCGCCAAAGACAUAGAUUACUUGUUAAAUGAAAUCAUUGAUAUCUCCAAGAGAAAGGAAAUUUAUGCCAUUGCGAAUAUACAGGGUGAAAGAAGAAAAUCAUUUCCUUCUAGCCCAAGCAUUCAAGGGUCCGAAAGAGAAAUCAUGGUUGAAGUUGAACAAGAAGGCGAUAAUUCUGGCGCGGAGGAAAGUCCACUAAUUGCACAACCCAAUACCUUUUCGUAUCGGCAUAUCACAGAGCUCGAAAAAGAGUUCCAAUCAAUCAAAGGAGAAAAACAAUUGAUGAAUGCUCUGUUUGAUGAUGUACAAGAGAUUGGAUAAGAAGAACUAGACGAAAGAUCCAAAAUUUGGGUGGAGCAAAUGAAAGAAAUUGCCCCUGAAAUUGAUCUUGUCAUUGAAGAGUGCGAACGUGAAUUGAAGCAUGUGACACUGUUAAACAACAUUUUGCAAUCCAAGGCGCGGUUUCAUAUCAUAAACGAGAUAAAAAGGAUAAAGAAGAAAAUAAAAGAUGUCUGCAGAAGUAGAAAGGCAUAUAGUUUAGUUCAACCUCAAUCCCGAGCUGAGUCACUGUGCAGAAAGACACAACCAACUCUCAUUGCUAAAGAAUCCAGAAUGGUCGGGUUUGAUGAAGACGUGGAGAUUUUGAUGGCCCAGUUACUCUCGGAUGAGAAACACCGGGGCAUUUGUUCAAUAGUUGGAGCUAAAGGCACGGGCAAGACCGAACUUGCGAGGUUCAUAUCUAGAAACAAAGUUGUUCUAUCUCAUUUUGAUUGUGUCAUAUGGGUGACUCCAAGUUCUUCAGCUGAACGGCUCAAAAACAAAAUAGCCAAGAAGGCUGCUGAAUUAAUUAUGGGAGGUGAACGCGACACAUGGACAACACAAGACGUACUCACAACCUUGGCGACGAAAAGGUAUCUCAUUGUUGUUGAUGGCAUCCAAACUCUCCAUGUCCUGGAUACCUUGAGGGAGGCCAUACCGGACAGGUUAACAGCAAGCCGAUUUCUUCUUACCACUCGCAAUGCAAUUAUACUACAGAGAGCAGUUGCGGGUGCUUGAUCUAGAAGGCGUGUACAAGCCCAAGUUGCCCAAAGACAUUGCAAAACUUCUUGGAUUGAGGUAUCUUGGCCUAAGAUGGACUUAUCUAGAGUCACUUCCGUCGUCUAUAAGUAGCUUGCUGCAACUCCAGACUCUGGAUCUGAAACACACUUACAUACAAACUCUACCAAUCUCCAUCUGGAAAAUGAAACUGAGACACCUGUUCUUGAGUGAGAGUAACCGCACCAGAUUUCCACCCAAACCAAUAGGUAUCGACAUAGGUCGUUCUCUACAUGACCUCCAAACAUUGUGGGGAGUUUUUGUAGACGAAGAGACUCCUGUCAAGGGUGGUUUAGACAAAUUGGUCAACAUCACUAAAUUGGGAAUAACAUGCCAAUCACAGGUGAGUGCAGUGGCUGACUGGAUUGUGAAACUACAAUACCUCCAAUCACUUAGGCUAAAAUCAAGAGAUAAACAAGGUCGACCCUCGCAAAUACACUUGGAGUUUUUGAAACAUCACACUAAUCUCACCGACUUGUAUUUGCUGGGAAACUUGAACACUCCGUUGAAUCAGCUCUUCCUUCCUCCAACGCUUGUUGUGCUUACCUUAUCACAUUCGAAACUAGUGAAUGAUCCCAUGCAAAUUUUGAAAGAUGCGCCGAAUCUUCGCUCGUUGUCUUUACUUGCGGAAUCCUACCUGGGACGAACUAUUGUUUGCACGUCUGAAAGCUUUUCUCAACUUCGUGUCUUGAGAGUUUGGAAGUUGGAGCAAUUAGAGGAAUGGAAAAUAGAGCAGAAAGCACUUCCCUCUCUGAGAGAACUGGAGAUCCGAUUAUGUCGGCGCAUGAAAGUGCUUCCUGAUGGAUUAAAUCAUGUUAACAGUCUUCUUGAGUUGAAGUUGACAAACAUGUCAAUGGAAAUUAAAACUGAAAAGCACAACAUUCCGUGGAACUGUAAAGUCCACAGAGAUGAUUCCGUCCAAUAUGAGGAGCAGUUUGUCUACACUGGUUGAUUGAAGGCUGCAAGAAUUUGCGCUGACGCAUGUUCAGAGAGAGUUGGUGGAAGAAAAUUCAAGUUGUUUACAGUGAUGUACUACGAUGAAAAACAACGAAUAGCGUUUGUAAAUUGUAAGUACAAAUAAAGAAUACAAAAUUAUCUAGUAGAUAGUGUUUAAUAUUAGUGUUAAGACUACUUAAAUGCUAAGAUCACAUGUAAUUAGAUUGGAGAGCAAGAAUUUGACACGACACUCUUUUUUUUUUAUUAUUUGACAUUAUCCUUCUCUAUCAUUCA